AUGUAUAGUAGUAAAAGUUACCUCUUCAAUAUUUUAAUCACUAUUGCUAUUAUUUUUGUGGUUUCAAAUUGUCAAUAUGAACAAACAGACACAAGUGAUGAAUUUGAAGAAAAAUGGUUUGUUGGUAAAGUAGAAGCUACUUGUAAUGAACAACCUCAAGAAAAUGUAAAUAUCUCAAUUUUUAAACUAGUGGAUAGUGAAAGUGAUAAUUUGUAUUAUUAUGAGGUUAUAAAUAGUACUUUAACCGAUAAGAAUGGAUAUGGACAAGUUACAGGGCAUUGGAAAAUACCUCCUGAUCAUUUAAGUUGCAGAAUGUGUCUCUUUCAUAAUUGCCUACCUCCUAAUAGCAAAGAUGAGAAAAAAGAAGGAGAUUAUCAAUACAGUUAUUGUUUUUCUUUUGGUCAAUCAUAUAUAAAAAGCACUUUGGAAGAAGCCGAAAAAGAAGAUUUUGAUGAACCUAUUGAAUUAAAACAUCAAUCUUCUGAUGAUUUUGUUGAAAAAUCAAAAAGUAGCAACGACUGUCCUCCUGAAAGAAAAAAUAAAUAA